AUGUCGUCAUACAAACCAGGAAAUUCCAAGCGUGAAGAAUUUCGAAAGUAUUUGGAGAAAUCAGGGGUGAUUGAUGCUUUAACAAAGGUACUGGUUGGAUUAUACGAAGAAUCUGAAAAACCUGACAAUGCUUUAGAAUUUAUGAAGAAACAUUUACAAGCUGAAGGUCCAGAUCCUUCUGAUAUUGAAGCAAUGAAACUAGAGAUUGCAGAAUUGAAACAAAAACUUGAAUUAUUAGAAACUGAAAAUUCAGAGUUAAAACGAAGCUUAAAUCAUCAACAACAAUUAACUCCGGCAACUGGAACAAAUGAUGGGAAUACAACGUAUUAA